CGUCAGGGAAGGGGGCGGCGAGGAAGGCCUUUGGAAAAGAAGGACCCCGCCGGCGACAGGAGAGGAUUUCAAACUUCAAAGAUUUGAUUUUUAUGGUUUUUCAUUGAUCUUCACAGUUCUCUAGCCGAGUUCUCAAAUUGCAGAUGUGAUUCUUCUAGCAUAAGAACUGCUGUUAUAAAUCAAGGCAAUGAUAAUUCAGUUUCUGAACUUUCAAGAGAAGUGUGUGUUUGUGCUCAUUCAGAAAGCACUACAUCUGGGAGCAGAAAAGACAAUGGCAUUGUAUGGAAGCCUGUGGUAGCCGAGAAAGACAUGUAAAUGGAGUUAAUACAGGUUCUAAUUCUGGGCAAUUGGAUUUUAUGGCUGAUAAAUUCAUUUCAAAAUCCAGCGGAAGUCCUGAUGAGCUGAGGCACUCAAUUCAGCAAGAACAGUCAGAUGAUAUGUUCAAUAUUACAAGUUCAAGCAGAACCAAGGAUGAGUGUUUCGAUGAAGGUAGAGGCAAAAGAAAAAGAAAGAUUAAAGUUCAUUUCGACGAGUUGAAUUUUCCGGAGAAAUCAGUCAGAAGUACGACGAAUAAAGAUAAUGUGGUACCUCGGCCUUAUGCCACAUGCGAGUUCACCUUGACAAGGUGCAAAUAACUUCCUGAUAUAUAUAUAGAUAGAUAGAUGCUACCUGUGAUUGUUUGUCAUAGAGUCAACAUUUUUUUAGUUAAGCAUCAUUAUGUCAUCAUUAAUUGAGUGUUAAAAGUU